CAGGAGAUGGAGGAAAAGGAGCUGUUACAGCUGCAGAUCCGCCUCCUGCAGGGUCUGAUUGAUGACUACAAGAACCUCCAUGGCAACACCCCUGCCCCAGGCCCCUCAGCCUCUUGCCGCUGGCAGCCGCCCGUCUACAACAGCAGCAGGGCCUUUGGGGCCCCCUACCCUCGUCCCAGCCGGAAGGGCUUCUCCAUGAGCCAUGGGCCUGCGUGGCGGAAGAAAUACUCCCUCCUGAAUCGACCCCCAGGACCCUUGGACCCACCCGGGGACUGUGCUGCGCACCCCACCCUCGGGGCUGGAGGCAGCCAGGACCCCCACCCCCAGCAGUAUGUCCUGGAGAGGCAGGUCCAGCUCAGUGCUGACCAGAGCAUGGUCAUCACGAUCAAACCCCCGUCCCAGCCCAGCAGGGCUGGUGCUGCAGGGGUCCCCCGAGGCUCCUCGAAAGAAUAUGAGGACCCUCCUUGGAGCGACCUCAGGCCUCUGGGAGGGGAGGGCGAGCCCCCUGGCGGGCAGCACCCGCCCUCAAAGCCAGGAAGGGCCCAGGGGGCCGACAGCACAGAGGACUGCCAGCUGGUCUGCCAGAAGGAGGCCGGCAAGCCCCGGGUGGUGAAGUCUGUGAGCAGCUUGAGCGACAGCCUCUCGGAGUCCCGGCGGACGGUCAGUGAGAGCGCCAUUUCCGUGGCCCUGACCCUGAAGGUGAGCGCGCACCCUGUGGCCGGCUGUGCUGCACAGCUCCUUGGGGACAGGAGAGCCGAUAGAGCAGCUGCGGAGAAUGUGUGUACAGCGGAGCGAGACGAGAAGCUGCCGCCCAGAGCCGAGCCAGAGACCAAACCCAAGAAGCCGGCCGUGUGCCCCGCGGGGGCUCUCCGCAGCCAGUACCAGUGGAAGGCCUCCAGCCCCUCGGCCUCCUCCUGCUCCUCCUUCCGCUGGCAGUCGGAGGCUGGCAGCAAGGACCAUGCCUUCCAGCUCUCUCCAGUCCCUUCUAUGUCCUCCCCGGGGGACAAGCCAGCAGUGGGACCCAGUGGCUUGAAGCCCCUCUUCAGUGAGACCCCAGGGCUCUGGGCUUACAAAGUGAAGAGCCCCACCAAGAUCGUCAAGAGGCGGGGGAGUGCCAACCUUCCUGGGGACAAGAAGAGCAGCCCCCCACCAACUGCCACCGCGAAGAGCCAGUUCAGCCUGCGCAGGAGGCAGGCCCUGCGGGGGAGGAGCGGCCCUGUCCAGAAGAAGACCGUCCCCAAGGGCCUGAUGCAGGUCACCCGGCACCGGCUGUGCUGCCUGCCUCCUGGCCGCGCCCAUCUCCCCAUCAAGGAAGCCUCCAACCUCAAUGCCUUGCAGGCCCCCGCCACCAGCAAAGUGAUCAAGACCCGGUACCCCAUCGUCAAGAAGACCCCGGAGUGGCCUUUCAGCGCAUCCCCCUUCCCCCUGUCCCUGCCUUCCUGGCGGGCUCGGCGGAUCUCCCUGUCCAGGUCCCUGGUGCUAAAUCGCCUGCGCCCUGCCCUUGGGAGAGUCCAGCUCGGCUCCCCCCGCUGGCGGGACAGAGGUUACCGCUGUAUCGGAGGGGUGCUCUACCAGGUGACAGCCAACAAGCUCGCCAAGACUCCUGGCCGGCCCAGUGCUGAGGGGGCCUGCAGGCCCCUCCUGCGUACAGGCCGGCUGGACCCUCCUGGCAGCUGCAGCCGCUCCCUGGCCAGCCGGGCCGUGCAGCGCAGCCUGGCCGUCGUUUGGCAGGCCCGGCAGGGGCAGGAGUACUGCAUGUACUACAACCGCUUCGGCAGGUGCAACCGCGGCGAGCGCUGCCCCUACAUCCACGACCCUGAGAACCCUGAGAAGGUGGCCGUGUGCACCAGGUUUCUCCGGGGCACCUGCAAGAAGAUGGACAGGACCUGCCCCUUCUCCCACCAGGUCUCCAAGGAGAAGAUGCCCGUGUGCUCCUACUUCCUGAAGGGGAUCUGCAGCAACAGCGACUGCCCCUACAGCCACGUGUACGUGUCUCGGAAGGCGGAGGUCUGCACCGACUUCCUCAAAGGCUACUGCCCGCUGGGCACCAAGUGCAAGAAGAAGCACACCCUGCUGUGCCCCGACUUCUCCCACAGGGGCUCCUGCCCCCGGGGCGCCCAGUGCCAGCUGCUCCACCGCAACCAGAAGCGCCCGGGCCGCCAGGCAUCUGCACCCCCAGCCCCGGAGCCCAGCAGCGCGCCUCCCAGGAGCAGGGCCUCCACUGGCCAUGGGCCCAGGAAGCCCUCGGCCUCCCAGCGCCCUGCGAGGCAGACGCCCAGCUCCCCCACCUCGGAGGCUGCUGGCCAGGCCUUCCCUCUCUCCUCAGCUGCAGCCUGUCCCCUGCCAUCGAAGACUCCCUUCUCCCCCUCCCCCUCUUCUCCUACCCUCUCCUCCCCCUCCCCCUCCUUAGACCAGGAGGAGCCGAUGCUCCAGGAGGAGGCUGCCUCUGCAGGGAAGGGCUCCAGAGGCCUCUCCAAGCUGCCUUCCUUCAUCUCCCUGCAGUCCACGCCCAGCCCAGGCGGCCAGCCCAGGGCCCCGACCACCAGGAGCGCCCCCGCCAAGGACUCAGGGAAACCUCUGCACAUCAAACCCCGGCUGUGAGGGCCCAGGGUGCCAGCCCACGCCUACCUCAUCCCUCAGCGCUGGACAGGAAGGAGGCCACACCAC